CACGUUUUGUCGAAACCUAAUUCAAGAUGGCAGCUCAAAGCGGAGAUUCGGUCGUUGCAGAGGCGUCUGUUUUCAAGCGAUUAUCUGCGGCAGGCUUCUAUGGAAUCAGUUCAUUUUUAAUCAUUAUUGUGAACAAAGUCAUACUCACCUCUUAUAAGUUUCCAUCUUUUCAAUUCCUUGGGAUCGGCCAGAUGGGUGCUACUGUUGUUGUGCUUUUCACAGCAAAACACCUCAACAUAGUCACCUUCCCUCGGUUUGAGUUCGAUGUAAUAGGAAAGGUAAUGCCUUUGCCUGUGAUAUUUCUUGCCAAUCUUGUGUUCGGUCUUGGUGGAACCAAAAAGCUUAGCUUGCCAAUGUUCACUGUGCUUAGAAGAUUUUCAAUACUGAUGACAAUGAUUUUAGAGCAAAUUAUGUUAGGUGUGAAGGCGCCAAAUGUUGUCAAAAUAUCUGUCUUCCUUAUGAUUGGUGGUGCAAUUGUUGCAGCAAGUGAUGACUUGGCCUUUGAUCUCACUGGUUAUACCUUCAUAUUGUUAAAUGAUCUUUUUACUGCACUAAAUGGUGUAUACACAAAGAAAAAGUUAGAUGCACAGGAACUAGGAAAAUAUGGACUACUCUACUAUAAUGCUCUGUUCAUGCUGCUGCCUGCACUAAUCUUUGCAUAUUUCACAACAGAACUCGAUCAGGUGUCUGAAUUCAAAGAUUGGCGGGAUCCAAUGUUUCUCCUUUACUUUGCCUCAUCUUGUUUCAUGGGCUUCAUUCUAAUGUAUUCCAUUGUACUAUGCACACACUACAACUCGGCAUUAACAACAACUAUCGUUGGUGUCUUAAAAAACUUACUCAUCACAUAUAUUGGGAUGGUCCUAGGUGGAGAUUACAUCUUUUCAAUAAUAAAUUUCAUGGGCUUGAACAUUAGUGCAUUUGGAAGCAUCAUUUACUCUUAUGUAACAUUUUUGAUGAAGGAAAAAAAGCAGAAACCAGUUGCUGAAAAAGAUAUGCCUAGGUUGCCAACAUCUGAUGCCAAGAAGAUAGAUCAAAACUAUGCAUGAGGCUGGAGGAAAUACGCUGUUCAUUAGGAAGACUCUCUUUUCAAGUGAUGGGUUUUUAUUUGGAAAUAUCUCUUACUUGAAAAGACACUUCUGGGAGUAAUAUUACCUACUUUCAGAGCAAUAUCAUAUCUAUACCAAGCAACUAUGGGGCAGGAUGGUUUCGUCAGCCACUUGAGUACUUUAAAAACAUAUCAAUUUCAGUAGCAGUACCAGUUAAGUUCAACUGUUCAUACUGCCGUAUGGGAGACUAUUAUUACACAUUCAGGCAGGAUGUACUAGUUUGGGGAUAAUAGCCUAAUGUCUGGGGCAGCUUCAAAGGCAGUUUGAUGAAGUUAAAGCUAGAAUACAUAUUACACAAUUGGUGAUGGGGAAGUAUUAAAAGUGUGUGCUUAUUAAUCUCAUUCAAUGUCAGUAAUUUGCUUGACUCUUCCUUUUGAGUCAAGAGAAUGAGAUUGAGGUUUGUAAGGUGUAUACAGCUGAUUCUGAUAGGACUCAAGCUGGAUUGGGUUUAUCCAGAGGAGGGAUUAGAUUCUCGCCAGCUUUUACUGCCCUUCUUGCGAUGGAUUCUUGCUUUUCUAAAGAAUGAUACUUAAAGCUGAUAGCUCAGCACAAGCAGUUACGAUUAGUAUAGCUAACUUUAGUCACUUUGUCUUGUACGUUAUGCAUUUGAUAAGUUGUGUUUCCGGUAUAAGGUUGUAAUAUUUUUUUCUGGAGAAUAUUUUUGAGACAAUUAUAUUUUUAUUACACUA